GAGAUGUCUGGUCGCGGCAAGGGUGGGAAGGGCCUGGGGAAAGGAGGUGCCAAGCGCCACCGCAAGGUUCUGCGCGAUAACAUCCAGGGGAUUGCCAAACCCGCCAUCCGACGCCUAGCUCGGCGUGGCGGGGUGAAGCGCAUCUCCGGCCUCAUCUAUGAGGAGACCCGUGGGGUGCUGAAGGUGUUCCUGGAGAACGUGAUCCGGGACGCCGUUACCUACACUGAGCACGCCAAGCGCAAGACUGUCACCGCUAUGGACAUGGUCUACACGCUCAAGCACCAGGGACGCACUCUGUACGGCUUUGGUGGCUAG